UGGGGAUCGUCAUUACUAACAAACAGAUAAUCUCCACGCCUCGGCAACUCCGCUCCCCACUGCCAUGGCCGGCAGCGGCGGCGGCGACCGCGGCUCGCCCGAGGCGGAGCUCCGGCGCGGGUUCAAGACGCUCGCCGUGACGCGGCCCGACCCGUCCGCGGCGGUCUACGAGGUCCGCCUCAACCGCCCCACCCGGCUCAACGCCCUCAGCCCGGACGCCUUCGCGGAGAUCCCGCGCGCCAUGGCGCUCCUCGACCGCGCCCCCGCCGCGCGCGCCGUCGUGCUCUCCGCCGCCGGCCCGCACUUCUGCGCCGGCAUCGAGCUCGGCUCCCCCGGGAGCCCCGCCACGGCCCCCUCCGGCGACCCCGCGCCCGCGGCCGCCGAGGGGCUCCGCCGCGCCAUCCUGGAGAUGCAGGCGGCGCUCACGGCCAUCGAGCGGUGCCGGAAGCCGGUGGUCGCGGCGGUGCACGGCGCCUGCGUCGGCGGCGGCGUCGAGGUCGUGGCCGCCUGCGACAUACGGUGCUGCUCCAAGGACGCCACGUUCGUGCUCAGGGAGGUGGACAUGGCCAUCGUCGCCGACCUCGGCGCGCUGCAGCGGCUUCCGCGGAUCGUCGGGUACGGGAACGCCGCCGACCUCGCGCUCACCGGCCGCAAGAUCACCGCCAUGGAGGCCAAGGAGAUGGGGCUCGUGACCAGGGUGUUCAAUUCCAAGCAAGAAUUGGAUGCUGGCGUUGCAAAGAUUGCAAAAGAAAUAUCUGAGAAGUCAGCAUGGGCAGUGAUGGGAACAAAGGCUGUUUUGCUGAGAAGCAGGGAUAUAACAGUAGAGCAGGGCCUGGAGCAUGUUGCAACAUGGAACGCCGCAAUGCUGAGAUCUAAUGACCUGGAGGAGGCUAUCCAAGCCUUCCUAGAGAAGCGGAAGCCAGUCUUCUCCAAACUGUAAUGAUCAUACACCAUACUUGACAGAAGAAAGUUAUAUUUGAAUCCUAGUACUUCAGAAUAAGGGAAAGGCUAUAAAUCUAUGAUUGCAGUUGGCAAAUAUGUGAAGAGCUUACACUUAGUACAGUGGACCAGAAAUGCUUCCAAUCAAUGCAUCAAAGAUCUCCAACAUGUUGCUGCUUUGUUGAUUUGUUCAACUGUGGAAAUGUGUUCUAUAAUGACCUGAAGAAUGCUAUAAAAAGGACUUCCUGGAGAGGGGGAAAGCCUGUCUAAUCCAAACUGUAAAGUUGAGGUUGUGUGAAUCCUGGUACCUAAGAAGUUGAGAUUGUAAACUUGUAAGAGUAGCCCACUUUUGGGAAAAUAUGUGAAGAUCUUACAUGUAGUAAACUGAAAUGCUCCGUUUAAUAAGUCAAAUAAUUCACGAUGCCGUGGCUUGGUUAAUUUGUUCAA